UUAAAACGACUAUAUGCAAAUGUUCAUCACCUAAUUCAAUGGACCUCCAUAUGUAACAGUACCUAGAUUAUAAACUAGAAGAGUCUUCAUUAUUUUCCGUGGACUCUUCAAUGGACCUCCCCUCCAUAUAUAUUUUUCCAUAUAUAUAAGAUAUAACAGUCCCCAGUUUAUAAAUUGAAAUAGCCUUCUCAUUAUUUUCCCUUAACUCCUCUAUUCAAAUAUUCCGCGCAAUAAUUAAAUGACAAACUAUAGCACGAUUCCAACGUCGUCUCAUGCAUAACCGUCACCACCCGUGGUCGAUGUCGAGUCUUUAUCAAGUGACAACCAACGUACCAAACCCGCCCGCGCCAUGCCACGUCGUCCUUGGGGAGUGAUGUUCGACGUCCACUCCAUGGAGCUUCCUCACAGCAUCUCCAAUGCUUCCUCAAGAAUCAAAACGAACUACAAUUACUUUCAGAUGAACUACGCGAUCUUCCUUUCCAUCAUCUUCUUGAUAGUCAUCUACAGUAGUCUUAUCAAGCAUCCGGUCACACUCAUCGCCUUUACCGUGUUGGUUUCAAUCUAUGUCUUCCUCUUUCACCUCCAAUACCACGAGCCAAUGGAGGUGUUCCAUUAUCAGAUCAACGAUUGUGUGUUUCGGAUAGUCAAGAUGUGCUUAAUUUUGUUAGCCGCGGGUCUCUUCUUAUGGACCAAAACGACGUGUAGCUUGCGUUGGCCGUUGUUGAUUGGAUGUGUUGUGGUGUUGAUCCAUACGGUGGUUAGGAAGACGGAAGAUCUCUUCCUAGAUGAAGAGGCUGCCGCGAGGACUGAGUCUUUUUGGAAUUGGGUUCCCUUACUUGCUCUGUUUCUUCAGAUUUGUUUAGGGCCGUGAGGGAUGUUACGACCUUAGACGUUUCAAUUGUUACCAUUUGUCAAGACAAAUGUUAUAGUGUGAUUGGCCGAACGUAUAAAACAAUAUAUAAAUUUCACAUACUUUCUAACGUCUCGUGUUUUUUUU